ACGUCUCUGGUCACGUAGCAUGUAAAAAGGCCAAGAAGCGUUUCAUCUGACCAUUCACAUCCCCACCCGAAUUGAAUUGAGAUGGCCAGCACAGACUGGGACCUCAUUUCUUCAUACGCAGGUCUGCUGUGCUUAGCUUCCAUCUCUAUAUAUGCGGGAGCACACGGUUCCCUUCCGACACCUAAGAAGCCAAAAAGCAAAGGGAUUGAUAAAUCGGUAGUGCAAGAUGACGAAGAUGAUGAAGAUGAGGGCGUGACAGAUAGGCUUUCGUCUGGUGACGCGUGGCUUUUCCCAGUUGCGGGUUCAGCAGCGCUUUUCGGAAUGUACGCUGUAAUGAAGUACUUUGGAAAAGAAUGGAUAAAUUGGUUACUCGCGUGGUAUUUUUCUAUCGCUGGCGUGGGCAGUGUCUGGAAGAGUGCUGCCUCGCUUACGCGAUUCGCGGUCGGGCAAGAGCGGUGGAAGAAGUUUGAUCGAAAUAGAGUGUUGAUUCUGAAAGGUCCACGGGAAUUGGUUUCGGUGUCGUUACGCACCCCGACGAUUGCGUUGUUUCCACUCGCUUUGAUACCCUCUGUGCUAUUCAAUACCUUGGAAGCGGGUCACAAAUCUGCCCUCAUAACGGAUAUUCUUGCGCUCUCUUUUUCAUACAAUACGAUUUGUCUGCUGAAAAUAGACUCGUUCCAGACGGGAUGUAUCCUUCUUUCUGGAUUGUUCUUCUAUGAUAUAUACUGGGUGUUUGGUACGGACGUGAUGCUCACGGUAGCCACGUCUCUUGACGUGCCAAUCAAACUGCUGUGGCCCAAAUCGCUUGUUUUUGCCAGCGAGCGAGGACACACGUUACUCGGACUAGGGGACAUUGUCAUACCUGGUACAUUUGUUGCCUUGGCACUACGUUAUGACUUUGCACGUGCGGAUGGCAAAGUUACAUUUAAGAAGCCGUACUUUUACACGACCCUGGCAGCGUACAUUACUGGACUGGUGACUACGAUGACAGUUAUGCACGUGUUCGGCAAAGCCCAGCCUGCAUUACUUUAUUUGAGCCCCGCUUGCAUGUUGUCGUUGUUCGGGGUAGGGAUUGUUAGAGGGGAACUAGGUAAAGUUUGGAAGUGGAUUGAUGAUGAGAAGAGUGUGGAGAAGGAGGAGGAGAACAAGAGCAAGAACGAGAAACGGGAGCAAUGAUUGGAUGGAGUAUCGCCACUAGAUGCCUAUUUGAGUUUUAAUUGGUUUCUAAAAAUGAUAAAUGGAGUAUUGAUGGUGGCGCGGGCGGCGUGGUGGUCCUGAGACAGUGAUUCGCACGGGGAGUGGGAUGACGUGGUUCUAUAAGAUCUUCGAUUCAACCGGGCCGUAGUUAAUAUAUACAGGGCGGUGAUGACGGGGUGAGAUUCUAGAGGCACGAGGACACUCA